CAAUUUUGUUUUACGUCGCUCUAAUGGUUUCGAAAGUGACGUCAUUAAACAUAAUUUUGACUUGGUUAAGAAUAUAAAUUAUUACUUUGGCCCUUAUUUUGUGUUGAAUGCCGAUUCACUCUCGUAUUCUUGGGUCCUUUGUUCCAGUUUGUAACUUAUUUAUCUUAAUUUAUGGGUCCCGUUGAUCCUGAAAACAGCACUUCUAGGAUCGUCUCAUCUAUUUAUUCUUUGGUUUCAGCGAGCCAAGAAGCUGAUUGCAUUUUUAUUUGGGUUCAUCUCACAUCAGGUAGCCGACAUUAGUUGGCACAGCCUCGGAAUCGACCAAGGCUUCAUUCGCGCUAUGGCGAACGUGAAUUUCCACGCUGUCUUUGAAGACGCCCAUGGAACUGCUGACGUAGGCGGAGACAUGAUCUCCCAGCUAGAGGGAGACGAUUCGCUAAUCAACCAGCUGCAAUGGUUUAUUCCUUCUAAAGAUCUGUAUCAAAUAUACUUGGAUUAUUAUGGAAAGGAAAUGGUCACCCAAGAGAUUAUCGAAGAGUGCACGACGUUGUUGUUUCUUGCUUGGCUUGGUGAAAAGAUUGCUGGAGCAAAACUGUUCAAAAAAUAUGCAAAGAAGUCACCUUUUCUGCAUGAAAAACUGCACAAUUAUUUUCUUGGUGGUAUUCACGAUAUGGCGGCAUGGACGAACGAAAUUUGGAGUCAUACGGAGACUAUGAUGGAGCAUGGAACAGAGGCUUGUCACAUACCAAGAAACACUCUGUUUAUCACGUGUAGUGGCAACGAGAUGACAGGGAAAUCAAGCGGGAUAUUUCUGAAGAACCCUGGGAAAUCGUAUCUAAGAGUAAAACAUGAUCUGAAAGUACAUGACGUCAUCAAGAUGAGAAAGAACAAUGGUAUGGUACUGUAUCCAAAAGUAGAGAUUUUGAACAUGAUCAAACAAAGACAAAAUGACUGGUUGAACGAGGCUAGGCUUCUGCAUAGAAAACCUGAAAUACCAAACGCAAAUAUGAAGGACAGCUUGCAGCCUUAUGCAGAAGGGGGAAUGUCACUUUUGUAUUCAGACGACCUUCCGAUGGGAGCAACAUUGUUAUAUGGAGCCCCUAAUAACAACCAAAAGGGUAGCCCUCAGCUAGGCAGGGUUUACCUUGUAAAUCUAACGAGCGGGUGGUCGAGUCAAAACAGUUUCCAUAGCAGCAAACUGCCGCUUCGGAGUCAUCUGAACGACUUUAGCUAUGACGUAAUAGACGGCAGUGAAAGAAUGUCAAAAUUUGGCUGGAGCAUGGCCAUUGUUGACGUCAAUAAGGACGGGCUUGCUGACUUGGCAGUUGGAGCUCCCUCACAAGGAUCAAGUCAGUUGAAGUACUAUGGAGCAGUGCACAUAUAUUUUGGAAGAAAAGGACAAAAUUACUCGAAAUCACCCGAUCUGACGUUUCAUGGAAACACAACAUUUGAAAAUCUCGGAUUUGCACUUCAAGGAGCAGACAUCGACGGGGAUGGGUUCAAAGACCUCAUUAUUGGAUCCCCAUUUGCACCUGCUGGUGGGGUGCAAAGGGGUAGAGUUGAUGUUGUAUAUGCAAAUGCAAAGGAAAGUGAUAUCAAAAGAACUUUGUUUGCAGCUGGUACACAGGAUUACGAAUGGCUUGGGUAUUCGUUGCUCUUCAAACGCGAGCAAGGCAAACCAUUGUUGCUGUUGGGUGCUCCUGCUUACAGGAAAUGCUUCAACGAAGACUGCUCCUACUCCCCACACGAUGUUCAACAGCUCGGUAGAGUGUUUAUUUAUGACUUGUCCUUUGUGAGACCAAAGCUAGUUGCAGUUCUCGAAGGUCUAAAGAGGUUUUCAAAAUUUGGCGCAUCAUUAGCUGCUGGCCUGCCUUUUGGAGCCAGUUCGGGCACAAUGCUUGCAGUUGGUGCACCUUCUGUUGAUGUCGAGGGGCAUCUUGUGGACAUGGUUCCGAACACAUUUACUCAGGCUGGGACUGUGCAUUUGUUCAACCUCACAUUACUUGUUAGAAGCGGAUUUCAUUUCAAUGAGAAUUUAUUUUCAAGUUCAGCUGUCGUGGGCAAUUUUUCUGGAGACCGCGAUUAUGGGGGUUUUGGAAUGGCGGUAAAAUUUGAAGAUACAAACGGUGAUUCGGUGGAUGAUAUCAUAAUUGGAGCACCCUUUAGGACUGAGGACUUGACAGAGGAAAUUGUUGGAGCUGAAAGUGGGGCUGUGUACAUUUUCAACGGCGGAAAAUCUUUUCCAACUGGAGAUGCAACUGGUGACUGUGCUUCCACCACUGUCCAGCCUUGUCCACAAUUGAAGGCUUCAAGAACUUUCAAUGGAAAAGAGUAUAAUGCAAGAUUUGGAUCCGCAUUUGCAGUUGGCAAGCUCCCUUUAAUGUUUAUCUCUUCUCCCCGAAGUAGUUUCUAUAGUUUUCACACUGGACUGGUUGAAAUAGUGAAACUGUGAAGGCUAACAAACAUCCUAUCUUCCAAAUUUGUAGCACGGAUACUGGACACAUAUUCUCAUCUUUAAUACAAAUUUUAAUGUAUGGCGGAAUAGACCUCCAAUUAUAUUUGCAUGAUUCGUUCACUAGCAGUGACGAUAGAUUAUUUAGCUAAUUUUAGAAUUAAAAAUUGUUUCUUCCGAUUUCCUAUUUCAUUUUGUA